AUGGCCGACGACGAACGCCGUGUCAAACGAUCCCGCUUUGAUCAAACAGAACCGGAGCCGCGCCGGGCCUCUCGUUUCGAUCGUCGUUCUCGAUCUCCCUCGUCGCGACAGUCUGAAGCUACUCGCACUCGGAGUCCUCUUAGUCGCGAACCUCGAAGCCCUAGCGCAGACCCGGCAAAGAAGUCCGGGGGUGCGGAUCCAGCUGCCGCAGCGGCUGCCGCAGCGGCCAAGAUCAACGCUCAGUUGCAAGCAAAGAAGGGUAUUCAGCAUGUCGAUGUUCCUCCUAUCCGUUCGGCUACAAGUCCCGCACCGGCAGCCGCAUCACCGUCCGCUGGAGACGCAUCCACGAAACUUAACACAGACAUCUACGUUGCUGAUGGAGACUAUAUCAAGGACAUUGAAAUUAAUGACUUGCGCAACCGCUACACACUGACCAAGGGCUCUACUCAGAAGAUGAUUAAGGAAGAAACUGGCGCCGAUGUCACAACUCGAGGAAACUAUUACCCGGAUAAGAGCAUGGCAACUGCCGCGAACCCCCCGCUGUACCUACAUGUGACGAGUACGAACAAAGAAGGCCUGGAAAAGGCCGUGGAUUUGAUCAACGAGCUCAUGAAGAAGGAACUCCCCAACCUGGUCGAUGAGCGCCGAUUCCGUCGACGUGAGCCGGAACAAGUGGAACGUGAUGAAUACGGUCGUCGUAAAUGGCCCGAGGAGCGGAUUCCAGUGGACCUUGAGCCAAUUCCUGGCUUUAACCUUCGUGCCCAGGUUGUCGGACAGGGCGGUGCAUAUGUAAAGCAUAUUCAACAGAGAACUCGAUGCAAGGUUCAAAUCAAAGGUCGAGGCUCCGGCUUCAUGGAACCCAGUACCGGCAGAGAAAGCGAGGAGCCAAUGUUCUUGCAUGUUGCUGGACCCGAUCCCAACGAUGUUAAGAGCGCCAAAGAGCUGUGCGAGGACCUUUUGGCCAAUGUUCGAGAACAGUAUCAGCGCUUCAAGGAGAACCCGCCCCAGCACAACUAUGGCGGAUAUGGCCAGCGUGGAGACCGUUAUCAGGGAGGGGGCUAUGGUGGAGGCUACGGUGGAGGUAAUGGGGGUGGCAGUGGCAGUGGCAGUGGUGGUUAUGGGAAUCAUUCGCACCAGAACUCGCCCUCCACGUCUGGUAGCCCAGCCGCGCAAGGCGCCACAGGGUCAUCGGGAGGACAGAACCUAGCCGACUAUAGCGCACAGUAUGCACAGUACUACGGAUCCGAUCCCUACGCUGCCUACGGUGGAUAUCAAAACUACGUCGCCUACUACCAAUACUAUCAGCAAUACGCCCAGCAGCAACAGCAGCAGUCACAGCCGCAGUCGCAGUCCCAAAGUCCCGCUCCCCCUCCCCCUCCUCCGACUAGUGAAGCGCCCCCUCCUCCGCCUCCCGGUUCAGGUUCCCCCCCUCCACCUCCCCCCGGCGGCAGCUACAGUGCAGUCCCACCGCCACCGGGCCUGUGA